GCCUGCGCGCCAGGAGGCAGGAAAGGCUGGGCUGCGCGUGCGCCCACGGAUGAGUCGUUCGGGAUAGCGUCGCCGCGCGUGCCCGGAGAAUCCGCGCUCCCGCUGGUUGCGUCGUGCCGUCUGUGUGUGCGGGGGGGAGAUGUAUCGCGGGCGCUCGCCCCAUUAAACACAUCGAACCCCCUGUAUAAAGUCUUUAAAUCUUCUCCCGAGCCUUUCCGAAUACAAACCACCCACUUGUCGGACACCUCCGUAGGUUUCCGAGUCCCGCCGCCUCCCGGUGGUCGGGUUUAUUAUUAUUAUCUCCUCUUGUCUCUCUCUCGCCUCCACAUCCCACUCACACACGGCAUUGAUGGUAAUGUAUGCAAGGAAACAAGCGAGACUCAGUGAUGGCUGUCACGACCGAAGGGACUCCCAACCCUACCAGACUCUUAAGUAUUCAUCCAAGAGUCAUCCCAGCAGCAGUGAUCACCGUCAUGACAAGAUGCGAGACUCCACCGAUCCUUCUCCACCAAACAAAAUGCGAAGAUCAAACAGUCCUGAAAAUAAGUAUAUUGAUGGUGCAGGACAUGGGAAAGCCAAAAGUGUGCACCUUCACAGAGUCCGUGAGAGAGAUGGAGGGACCAGUUUUUCUCCACAAGAAAAUUCACAUAACCACAGUGCUAUUCAUAGUUCAAAUUCACAUUCUUCUACUCCAAGCAAAACAUCUGAUUCUGCAUAUGAUCCUGCAGAUGACUGGUCUGAGCAUAUUAGUUCUUCUGGAAAAAAAUACUAUUAUAACUGCCGAACUGAAGUUUCCCAGUGGGAAAAACCCAAAGAGUGGCUUGAAAGAGAGCAAAGACCAAAAGAGUCUAGCAAAGUGGCAGUUAACAGUUUCCCCAAGGAUAGAGAUUACAGAAGAGAAGCAAUGCAAGCUGCUGCAGCUGUGGAGGAGAAACAUUCCAGUGACAACAACACGAUGCUGCCACAGAAUAUCUUGUCCCAAACAAGCCGGCACAAUGACAGAGACUACAGACUCCCAAGAACAGACUCUCACAGUAGUGCUGCCACAGUGCAACACUCAAACACUAAAACAGUGGUUCACCCAGCUUCUGCUCCAAGUACAGUCCCUUCUAGUCCUUUUACAGUACAGCCUGAUCAUCAUCCUCCUCCUAAGAAAUCUACUGAUGCAAAUGGAGCUGCUUUAUCCAAACUGCCUACACCCACAUCUUCUGUACCAGUGCUCAAAUCUGAAAGGAAAGAAACUGCAUCCUCUGAUAAAUCAUCCUGUACAACUCCUUCUACAUCAUCUGCACCUGGAUUAAACCCCUCUGCUGCUCCUCCCUCUUCCUCCUCCACAGUCCCAGUCUCUCCUGUGACGCAGUCCCCAAUCCCCCCAAUUCUGCAGGAUCCAAACCUUCUGCGGCAGCUUCUUCCUGCUCUGCAAGCCACUCUACAGUUAAAUAAUUCCAACGUGGAUAUAUCCAAAAUUAAUGAAGUCCUUACAGCAGCUGUGACACAGGCCUCUUUGCAGUCCAUUCUACACAAGAUUCUAACUGCCGGGCCAUCCGCUUUCAAUAUCACCUCUCUGAUCUCUCAAGUUGCACAGCUAUCAGCGCAAGCUGCUCAGUCUAAUCAGUCUCCAAUGUCUCUGACAUCUGAUGCCUCAUCACCAAGGUCAUAUGUAUCCCCACGAAUCAGCACCCCACAGACAAACACCGUUCCUCACAAACCUCUGCUUAACACCCCACCUGUGACAUCACAGCCAAAGGCCGGUACCAGUUCCAAGCAAGGACCAUCUGCGCAGACAGGAUCUCAGCAGUCGUCAGCUGCUGACAAAUCCCAAGGGCAUGAGCCUACAUCCCCUCGAAACCUUCAGCGUCAAAGUAGUCAGAGAAGCCCUUCUCCUGCUCCAAAUCACAACUCCAGCACUUGUGCAUCAAGUGCAUCUGCACCACAGAACUCAUCUGCACGAUCUUCGUGUUCGUUGACACCUACACUAGCUGCCUACUUCAAUGAAAACCUUGUAAAGCAUGUCCAAGGCUGGCCCGCUGAUCAUGCAGAGAAGCAGGCAUCAAGAUUACGGGAAGAAGCCCACAACAUGGGAAGCAUACAUAUGUCUGAAGUUUGUACAGAGUUGAAAAAUUUAAGGUCUUUAGUUCGAGUUUGUGAAAUUCAAGCAACUUUGCGUGAGCAAAGGAUACUGUUCUUGAGACAACAAAUCAAAGAACUUGAAAAACUGAAAAACCAGAAUUCCUUUAUGGUGUGAACCUGACUUGCACAAGGUUUUAGAACUGUAAAACUUAAGAGCCCAGUCGUAAGAUUUAUGGAGUGCUCACGCGCAAGCUUUGGACCGCCGAGCCGGACUGUGGACUCUUCAUCGGAAGUGGGGACUGGAGGAAGUCCAUUCAAGGGAGGCAAAUACAAGAUUUGUAAAAAAACAAACAAAAAAACCCCCCCUUGAAAUGUAGAUUUCUUGUAGAUGUAACCUUCGCGUUGUAAAUAAGUUUUGUAGAUCGAAGCCAUGGGAAGCCCACGUGUAUCAGAGCUUUGACAUCCAAAACUAAUCAAUGCUGAGGUGGUUAAAUGCCUGAGCCUUUUUUUUUUUUCUUCAAUGUACGCAGUGUCUGCAAAUGUAGCUGUUUUUCUGUUAAUUUAUCAUUCAGAAAUCCUCGCUUUUCCACAAAUUAGAUGCCAGCAAUGUAUCCAUGUCUGAGAUCUCGGAACAGUCAGGGCAGUGUACAAAUAAAAAAAACUAGGGAUGCACCGAAUCCACUAUUUUGGAUUCGGCCGAACCCCCCCGAAUCCUUCACGAAAGAUUCGUCUAAAUCCGAAUCCUACGGAUGGGAUGGGGAAAACAUUUUUUAUUUCCUUGUUUUGUGACAAAUAGUCACUUGAUUUCCCUCCCUGGCUUAGGAUUCGGUUUCAGUUCGGCCGAAUCCUGCUGAAAAAGGUCGAAUCCCGAACCGAAUCCUGGAUGGUACAUCCCUAAAAAAAAAAAAUGUUCUCAUCUGAUCCACCACAGCCUUGUUUAAGAGCAGUACUUUCGUUAUGUUAUUUUUAUUUUUUGCAAAGAAAUAUAAUCCUGUAAUUGUUCCUCCCCAAGUUCUAGACUCAGUAUUUUUUUUUUUCGCCCCCAUGCAUCUAAUUUCCUCGUUUAUGGCACUUUUUUUCCUAUUCUCUUUUUCAUUCCUGUGUACAGUAGCUUCUAUUGCAGUGAUUGAGCGAAAGCCACUCGUUUGUAUAAAUUAUUGAAAAGCAUUUCCACUUGCACCCUAUAAGGAUCUACUUGCAGCAGUUGAGCAUGUAUCAUUUGCUCAGUCAUAAAAUACUGGGGGAAAAAAAAAACGGUAAAAAAAAAACCCCUAGCCCAAAUAAGAUAUACAUAAUAUGGUUGCGUGGGGGAACAGAGGAAAGCAAGCUAGUCAGAUGUGAAUUGUAUCUGUUGUAAUAAACAUGUUAAAAGAGA